GUGUUUGUCCCGCCUUCUCGGGAAAGAACCAGGAAAUAGGUCGGUGUGUCAUUUUCUAAAACGGCACUGAAGUAGCAGAAAGUCUGGUGGAAGGAUUUGUUUAUUUUUAGUAUUUUAGUUGUUGGUUGUUAUGGCGUCGCUUUUUAAGAAGAAGACGGUGGAAGACGUCAUCAAGGAGCAGAAUAAGGAGCUGAGGGGAACUCAGAGGCAGAUCACGCGAGACCGAGCCGCACUGGAGAAACAGGAAAAACAACUGGAGAUGGAAAUCAAGAAGAUGGCCAAAUCAGGAAAUAAGGAGGCGUGUAAGAUCCUGGCCAAACAGCUGGUGCAGCUGAGAAAACAGAAGACCAGGACGUACGCCGUCAGCUCCAAAGUCACGUCCAUGUCCACUCAGACCAAACUCAUGCACUCGCAGAUGAAGAUGGCAGGAGCCAUGGGCGCCACCACUAAAACCAUGCAGGCAGUCAAUAAGAAGAUGGAUCCUCAGAAGACUUUACAGACAAUGCAGAACUUCCAGAAAGAAACAGCGAAGAUGGAGAUGACUGAAGAGAUGAUGAGCGACACGCUGGACGAUCUCUUCGAGGACUCGGGUGAUGAGGAAGAAUCCCAGGACAUUGUAAACCAGGUGCUGGAUGAGAUCGGCAUCGAGAUCUCGGGAAAGAUGGCCCACGCUCCCUCUGCGAGCCGAACCAAACCCGCCGCCGCCUCCACCUCCGCCAAAGCAUCGGGGAUAUCAGACGAAGAGAUAGAGAGACAGCUGAAAGCUCUCGGAGUGGACUAACGCAGACACAGACAUCAUCAUCUCCGAAUUUGCCUGGCAACACACAUACGUGCACACACAAACAUAGACAACUGACUUCUCAGCCUUGACAUUUGCAGUCACUUAAAUAGACCUCGGGGAUAAAACGCAGCACAGCAGGAACAUUCAACUCUGUCAUUGUGUUGGGACGAACUGCUGCUCGAAUUGACUCAGAACAAAAAAGAACAAAAAAAUUAAUUUAAAGCAAGAUAUACAAGUUUUGAGAGCAUGCUUGUGUAACCUUGAUUUUAUUCACUAAUGUUAAAACUUAUUAAAUUAUAUUGAAAGUGAUUUAAAAUGCAUGAGAAGUUUAGAUUGAGUCAUAAAGCAAAAAAAACAAACAACUCUUUCCCUAAACUCUUGACAGAAAUCUACCUCCGAUACCAGACUCGAAACAGCAGCACUGCACUCUGGGAGUUGAUUCAUCCCUUUUUUUUGUCUAUUUUUUGUUCUUUUAUUCCUUUAGUAAGAACAACACCACAAAAUCUCAGAUCUCAGAUCAGUAGCGCGUUUCCCGGGUAGAGUAGGGUACUCUGUUCUUUCCUCAUAUCUCCCAGCUACCUUUCUGCCUGGAUUGCUUCUCCGGAUUGAUUUUUAGAGAUUUCUGCCGAAUAACAACGAACCGGAGCUAACGAAGCAUGGAAUUCUGCAGUUAGCACGACCUGGGUUAAAUUACUUUCACGCCUCACCUUUAUAUUUUUAUUUAUUGAUUUAUUUAAUUUUUUUCUUUGGCCCAAACCAUUUGCUCGAUACAAUAAUUGAUGAGACGAGGCAGCGUUUUAAACCAUCGCAGACACUGGCACUCCUUUAAAUAUACGUGUUCUUUUUGUCUUGUUUUAUUGCAGUGCUGAGAUUAGGCUUAGUAGACUCCAGGCCAACUUCAAGGUCAGUUUAGAUGCAGUGGGGGAAAAAAAAGGUUCUGGUACUCAUUUUCUCACAGGAAGGAUUUCUAUUUUUCAGACCGCAGGUUGCUUGUCUGAAGUCUCUCCAUUUAAUUUAAGCAUUCAUCAUCGCCGAGGCCGAACGCAGCUUCAAGAUGUGUGUUUUUUUUUUUUUUUUCAUUAAAUUCACAAUCAGCAGCAGAAGACUUUGUGUGACUCGCCGUGCCAGGCUCAAUCCACUGUGUUUUAAGAAUUACUCAAAUAGUCUUUAUACAGUACAUGUGUAAAUAUUACAAGUGUGAAUGAUUGAUUAAUUUUCUUCUUCUUCUCUUUUUUCUGUUUCAUAUUAUUCAUAGCAAUAUUUAUCAAAGUUAUGGGAUAUCGAUAUUUGUUCACCGUAAUAUGGAAGGGUUUGUCUUUGUUUGUUUGUUUGUUUUGUUAACCAUAAAUAAAUCACCUUUUUAACUA